AUGUUAUUUCUUUUGAGUUUCUGGCUAGUCGUCUUGCAAAUCAGUGCUGAAGAUUUGUGGAGGAGGGAUCUGUUCCUUGGGAGAAGCUCGUUUACCGACAAUGAGCAAACGCAUGGAGUCAGUGGGAUUGCUAUGAAUCGACAAGGCACCCCAUUCACCAUUCAUGCACCCGACCCGAGUGCUUUCCUCGGAUUUGUCUCACCAAAUCGUUUACCCGCUUCACCCUUGGCAGCUACAAUGGAGACAUCGUUUGGUAUUCGAUCGACUCCAUUAACCAGCGUCCAAUCACCCGAUGAGCCCAUUCCUAGCUAUAUGCCUCAAUACAAUGAUCUCAGCCCGUUCAACCCAUUGAAUAGAGGCCCAUUUUUUGCUUUCCACGGACGUGCCUCGCCCACUUCUUUAGAGUGGCUCACAAAGCACUUGAAGUUU